GCAAAAUAUGAGCCCAAAAUCUUGAAAUAACUUGGAUGACCCUCAUUAGAUGUUCCUAGAAACAGCUCCAGAUCUCCCUCAUUUAAGGUGAAAGUCAGCAAUUUUUUUCGGCCAAAGCUGUUUUCUGGCCACCUCCCAGCUAACUAGAACGAAAAAAAUCGAUAAAAAAACUUUUUCCAAAAAGUGGUUGGAUACUCAUGGAUUAACCCAGAGACUAGAGACUAACAGCUUUUGCCGAGACAGCUCUUGAUUACUCAUGAUUUAGACGUGGUAUUUGAUUUGCCAGGAGACCCAGGAUCGAUUUUCGAUGAUUUUUAGCGUCCUCAAAGAUGGAUGAAAACAUAGGUCAUCAGUCAUAUCGAACCUCGUGACAAUGUUUGUUUCUCGAAAAACUUUAAAAACCUACUGAAAAUCUAUACAAGAUAGACUAUUUUUCCCCUAAAACUAAAAGAUUCAUAUUUUACUCAAACUCGACGCAGACUACUUCAGAAUAUCAGUUCUAUAUUCUAUUUUUUUCAUCGAUCAAAAUCCCUCCAUGUUGACUAUUGAUUAAUAAACAGCACGAGUCUCUAUCAUUUUUCGUGCAAGAAAAGUUAUUGAAUCCUUUACUCACCAAGGGAUCAUCCAUGAACCAUUCGUAAAAUUGUUAUAAAAAGGUCAUGAAGCAUCAAAAAGUGAUGGAAAACAAAAUCUUCUUUUAUCGAUCGACAGCUAAUGGAGUUAUCUUGCUCUCAAAAGCAAUCUACUUUUUAUCACAUGCUUCAUUAUUUUUAUAACAAUUCUAUGGAUCGGUCAUAGGUGAUCCCUUGGUAGGUGAAGGGUUAAGGAAUCUUAGAGUCCAUUACAUUUUGAAAAGGUUGACGAAUGUGUAUAAUAUCAUAUUUUCGUCUAUUCUAUAGGUCAAGGGUACAAUUUCGAAAAAAAAAUGCAGAAUGAAGUGAACUCAUUAGGUUUUGAAUAUGAUUAUUUGAGUAUAAUGCAUUAUGCUCAUAACACAUUUUCGCGUGAUGAAGAAUUGGAUACUAUUCGAAAUUUAAAUGCGUAUGAUUCUACUCUCGAUCUUUACAUUGGUCAACGGAAUCGAUUGAGUGAUGAAUGUGGAGGUAAUGUGUUAUGGAAACCAAAUGAAGUGAUGUCCAUUCGUUCACCGAAUUAUUUGUCAAACGAUGACUCUACAUAUCCGUGUAAAUGGCGUUUAAUUGCAUCAUUGGGACAAACGAUACAUUUGACAAUAAAACAAAUACGUUUGACAAAAGAAAUUGAUUGUGGUGAAGAUGCGGUAAGGGUGUAUGAUGGAUAUAAUUCAGAUUAUCCAUCGAAACUCAUUGGACGAUUUUGUAAUACAACAAUAAGUCCAAUAACGUUAAUAUCGACUGGACGGUAUUUAUGGAUUGAAUAUCGACGAAGCAGUCAUCGACGAGCACACAAGCCAAGCUUUUUUGAAGCAACUUGGAAAGGUAAAUACAAGAGUUUUCUCUCUGUUUCAUUCUGAUAUUCUGUUCGAUAUUUUAAAAUCGAUGUAUGAUGCUUUAGUGAAUAAGUUAUGAUCCUGUGCAAUAACAAUAGAAAUAUUUUAAAUGAGAGUACGAAACACUUUCUGAAUUUUUAGUUGUAAAAUGUAAGAGAUACGUAUUAAUAUAAGUAAUAACGAUAAUCUCGAUUGUGAACAUCAGUUAACAAAUACUUUCUCGGAUUUCAAAUGUAGAACAAUUGUUUUAUCAAGUGAACAAGCAUUCAUGUAUUUAAUUUAAUAAUUCGUUCAUUGUUCUAUUUGGAUUAAGACAACUAGAAAAUUGUCCUCUUUAAUAAAAUAACACAUAGUAUAUUGGACGGGAAAUUAAAUGAGCUUGGAAAAACGAGACACUGACUGUGUGUUUAAUUGACUGUAAAAUGAGAGUAAUGAGCUCGGUUCUAAUAAAAUUUUAUUAUUUAUAUAAAUAUUAUAUUUGAGCUCAGAAAUGAAUUUAUAUUCUGAAAGAUACAAAUGAGCUCGGUUAAUUUUAUUUUUGUCGAUAAAAAGAGAGAAUUGAACUUUGGUAGCGUUACUAGAUUGAUGAUAAUGAAAUGGACAGCCAACAAAGACCUUAAUGUAUUUAGAAAAUAUUUUGAAGACCAGUGGCUAUUAUUAUCACAUGGACAUGUUGACAAAGUUAUCUGUCUAGAUUCUUAAUCAAACGCAGUUUUUAUUUUGUUACUAGCAAUGUUUUUAUUUUGCACUAGCAAUGUUUUUUUUCGUGUAUCCAUGGCUAUGCCAGAAUAAACUGAACUGAACUGAUCACCAUUUUGAUAUGAAAGUAGUGUGAAGCAGAGACCGAAACGGGUCUUAGGUGGAUGACCCGAUCCCGAUUCGACCUUACCCGAAGGUUUUUUUCUCGAACUCCCCCCGAUCCGAAGGCUUUUCCACCCUAUCCAACUCGACCCGAAAAAUUUUCGAAACUUAGCCAGAAGAUGUUGUCUCGUCAAAGUUUUUGAAACGUUAACUAUAUAAAAGUAGUCAAUAUAGUAAUAAUAAAAGUAAAAAUAUUUGGGGCUUUAUCUUUCAUAUGACUUGAAAUGGGACAGACAUAUUGAUAAUAUUGCUUCAAGAGGGGAAUUCCUUGUUGGGCUGAUGAGAUGGCACUCUAGACUUUUGAAUAAGGCGGUUCUAUAUCUUAUUUACGAGGCUUUUGUGCUUUCGCUUUUUAACUAUGGAUCUAUUUUAUUCUCUUUUACUACUCAGCAUAAUCUAGAUAAAUUGGAGGCUGUAC